CCUUGUUUACUACUAAAUCCUUCUCAAACCCACAGAAGCUCAACGGCGGUGGCGGAUGCUAUAAACCCAAAACCCCUCUGCGAUCAUCUCCGACGCGCAUUUCGUCGAACACCUUCAUAGCAGAUCGAUGUGGAUCCAUCGCCCUCUAAUCACCAAAUACAUCGGUCUCCGAUCGUUCUCCCAAGCAGCAGCAGCAGUAGCAGAGGUCUUUCAUCAGCCGCCCGAGCUCACCUUCUCUUACCUUGAAGGAUUUCCCAAACCCGACCCGAAAUACGCCGAGACGAUCCUCGCGAUCCCUCGAGUGGAUUCUAGUAAGCGCAUAAGGAACAAGGAGAGGAAAGCAGGGCGCGUGCCGAGCAUUGUAUUUGAGCAGGAGAAAGGAGAGGAGGGAGGUAACAAGCGCCUUAUUUCUGUUAAGACGAAUCAGAUCCGUAAGCUCGUCAACCAUCUCGGCUACUCCUUCUUCCUCUCCAGGCUUUUCGAUCUCGAGGUGCGGUCUGAUUUCGACUCCGACGAGCUCAUCGAGAAGGUCCGGGUCUUGCCCCGAAAGUUACAUCUGCACUCAGGCACAGAUGCAGUGCUUAAUGUUACAUUCAUGAGAGCCCCUUCACAUGCUUUACUGAAGGUGGAUGUUCCUCUCAUGUUCAGAGGAGAAGAUGCAUGCCCUGGAUUAAGAAAAGGGGCUUAUUUCAAUACCAUAAAAAGGACUGUGAAAUAUCUUUGUCCUGCCGACAUUGUUCCACCAUACAUCGAUGUGGAUUUAAGUGAGUUGGACGUGGGCCAGAAGUUGACAAUGGGAGACUUGCAGGUUCAUCCAGCACUUAAACUUCUUCGGCCAGCAGAGGAGCCAGUUUGUAAGAUUAUGGGGUCAAGGGUCUCUCAAGAACAGAAGAAAUCUAAAUGAGCAUUUUGCUUAAGGAAGACGAAGAGCCCAUGUUUGCAAAAUUUUCCAGUUUUUAUACCUGGAAUAGGUGAGCAACAUCCCCUUUUCUGUUUCUUGACAAAUGGCGCCAACAUUCUUCUUUUGAUUUUGAGAUUGGUGAGAGUUUCCCCAAACAAGCUGUCAACAAGAAUGUGUCACCAUCUCUCAUAAUUUUGUACUAAGAUGCCAUGUGGUCUGAAUGGCAACGGCAAUCUGGUUUUAGUCUUUUAUGUUAUGUAGGCUAACUUGCUGGUGCGCUACUCAUUUUCAUGUCCUGUUAUUGAAUGGCUGAUUUCAAAAGUGGUGGAUUGAUCACCACCUUCUGCA